GCAGCGGUGUGAAUCUUUGUGUACAGGUCAAAGGUUACGACGACGUGGAUGCCUUGGCUUGACAAGAUAGUAGUAGCUGAAUUCCUCCUUCUUUGCCCUUUUUAAAGACAUAAUAAUGGCAUUCUUUACAGAUUAUGAACAUCAGUUCCAGCCAGUACCUGAAGACGGGAAAGUGGAGACUGGGCCGUUUCUUUUGGCUAGCUUGAGACUGUUACCUUUCUUCGAUAUCUUGGGACCGACAACAUUUUCAUUUGCUAAGGCUGACGUCAGUGGCAAUAUAGAGAAAGUUAAGAAGAAGUAUGAGACUGACAAGGAGAAAUACAAGACGCUGACAGACAUAGUGGAAAAGGAGCUGGAAGAGAAUGGAGGCAAACCUGAUUAUGCAAUUGACGCCUUGCUGUGGCUGAAAAGGGGUUUAGAAUAUGUACUUGAAAUGGUGAAGAACGUCAUCGUGUCAGAAAGAGAAGGAAACAACCUGAGCCCCAGUAUCCAGAAGGCCUACCAGUCCACCCUCAAGAAGUUCCACCCAUGGAUGCUGCAGAAAGUCAUCAAUCUUGCUAUCAAAGCCGUGCCUUACCGGUCAGACUUCCUGCUGGCAGUAGGAGGGAACAAGCCUGGCCAGUCUGAGGAGCAGAUUAUGGAGGACCUGAAGGUGUUUGCGGGCAAAAUGGGAGAAAAUGUGGUGGCCAUCAACAAUCUACUACAGAGGACAGGCCAAGAUCCAGAUAAAAAGACAUAAUUGGAUCGUUUUUUCAUAAAAACUUGUACUUUGUGCAGUAAUAUUGGCCUUAAAACUGCUGAUAGUAGUCACUUGUUGUUGGAAAAACACUGAGAAGUCUAGUAAUGUGCUAUAUUUUCACUUCUCAAGCAAAAUGGUGCACCCAUGAAGCUGGUGUAUCACACUAGAAGGCAGUUUUGCUGUUUUUAGAAUACUAAUGUAGACAGUAUGGUAAACUUGUAACUUAGAAUACAUUGUAUUAGUAUGGUGUCUUUAUUUCUGUCAAAAACCUUUGUGAUGAUGGCAGCUUUCAAGGACCAGUGUUGUUGUUUUUUUCACAUUUACAGCGACCAUGGAGGUAAAAAAUGUGAUUUUUUUUUACCUCCAUGCAGUGACCAAUGUUCACAACUUCGCUAUGUAUGUGGAUUUUGAUAACCAGCAGUUAGAAAAAGGAUGUCUUGAAAAUUCUAUUCUUGUAGUUUAAGCUAAUGUGUGACUUUCACUGUAUUGGAUGCAAUAUAAAAGUAGGUAAAUGCACGGUUGUCUUAUACAUGUGUACUGUAAAUCUUAAAAUAGAUGUGGUAUUUUUAAAUUCACAGUUUUUCAUGUCGCUUAGGCCUCGUAUUUCACGUGUUCAGAUUUGAACUGCAAAUUCAAAGAUACCACCAGUGUAUAAUUUUUACAUUGCAAAAUUUAGGUACUGCAGACGUAAAUGAACUCACAAUAUCUUUAGUUAGAUUUUAUCUUAUUGUGAUUGCCAAGCUGUUGUCACAACUGCCUUACCUGUAAGAAGAAAAUAACGUUACCUGUAAGGAGACAGUCAUUAUAAUUACAUAUACUCCUGAUAGGUUGAUGAAUCAAAAUUGCACCAAACAAUCUCUAAAACUAAGUAUUUUGCAGUACAAAACUAUAUAUUACACAUAGGCCAAUAUGAUAGAAAAAACAAUUCUAUACAGGUGUGCCUUUGGUAGACUUAUAAAGUUAGAUACAGAGUGCAAGCUAAGGUUGUUUCACAGUGUGGUAUUUUAAAGCACUUAGUUAGAUUGUCUAUUGUAUUUUUGCAGUAUGGUAGCUCUGUGUGUUUUGAAUUUUAUUUUCUACUAUAGCAUUGUGUGUCUCUUUAUAUUUGUAUACUUUACAAGUAGCAAAACAUACAUGUAAGUGUUUCAAUCCAUUGAUUUUGUUAGGAUUUUAAGUGUCACUGACUCAGAGUUACCAAUUACUGCCUUAUUACAGUGCAAUGGCAUCCAAUGUUGUCCAACUUGAAACAAUAACAUCUAUUGGGAAGUCUAGGUAAUUUAUAUAUAUAAAACACAAUGCCCAGCUACCCAUAAUCCACUCUGAGAAUGGGUCAAAAUACUGCUGCACAGUUCUUAAUAGUUCUGGUAGCCAUUCUCCAAAAUGCCUAGGCAGCUUAAACUUCCAGGCAAUCAUUCUACCUUUUAGGGCAGUUUUCAACUACUACUCUCCCAGCCCACUAAAGAAUUUGUGUAAUAGUUUGAAAUUCUUGGGAUGAUAAUCCAGUAUGAUCUGUAAAAACUGGUGUAUCAGUACUAUCAUGCACUGUAACAGAUAUGACUUAGAAGUGUUUUGUCUGUAUUUUACAUAUGACAGGUCUAUCACACUAGGAGUAGUGAUUCUAUUUUUGCAAAGUUUGUGAAUAUAGUCUAUAGUUUACUCAGUAUUGUAGGAUAUUCUCAUCGAUGUACAUGACAAUUUGUACAUGACAUAAAUGUGAACAUCUCCAUGUAUUUAGGAACUUGCACUCCAGAUUGUACUUUUUUUCUUGCUCGUUUUUGAGGUGUGCAAUUGUACAGUACAGUAGAGCAGAGUGUUAGUAGAAAUGUAAGUUUUAGAUAUUGCUGAAUAUGACAGCUGAUGGUAGUUGACAGACUCUUCUAUUGUCAUCUGGCCAGACUGUCUCUCUAGGUCUAACUGAAGGGGUGGCCUGUGUACUGACCCAGAAAACAGUCUGGCAUCCAGGCUACAGCUGAAAUGACAGACUCGACAUGUUUCUUUCCACAGGAAGGCAAAAUUUAUUGUGCUACACAGUUACAAGAAGAUAUUAUUAGCCAUAGAGUGAAUGAAUAAGAGGACCUGACAUGGAAACCUCCAGUGGAAUCUUCGAUAAAUUUUCAUGCACAACAUGCUUUUACAGUAAAACAAAUCACCAAAUAACAGACAUCCAUCAAAUUGAAUAUAGUCAUCUCAAAAACGUCUACCGUGAGGAAAUGAUGUAUUUUUUACAUUGUGGAUCUACAGUUUUGAGUGCCUGAAUUUAGUACAGACAGGGUGAAAGAAAAACAUAGAAAGCUACCUGAUAGUUAUUGUGAUGACAAUAAAACAAGAUGGCUGCUUCUACCGUAUUCUGCUCCAUGAAAUCUUCAGCUGACUAAAUGUAGUUACCUCAUACCACAGCCACAUCAAAUAACAUACACUACUCCAGCACAAAUGAAAAAAAA